CUGAGAUUCACGUCGUCUCACAGCGACGACAACAAAGGACGCCGGCUGAAGCUGCAGCGUGCCAUGAGAGGCAGCUUCUCCGAUCCUCGACAGCUCCCACAAUCAAGCCAGGACUGCUUGCUGUCAAUCCAGAGCUCGCCUCUCGCCCGUCUGCGUCCAUAAUUAUCCCCGCGCGUCGCAGCCGAUUGGGUCUCGCACCGCCGCAGUUGCGAUUUGGUCGUGAUUGGUUUGUUUUGUUGUGAUAAAUUUCGACGCCUGAAGCUGCGCAAAUCCGUAGCGACAAACAAAAAAAAAGUCCCCGAGCUUGGGCCUCCACAACGCCAGCGCGAUCGCGGUCGCGCGACAGCAACCAUCCCUAAAUCGCACGGAAGCCGAACUGACCAUGGCGCCGAGGCCAAACGGGGCCAACCGGCGGACGCUGGCUAGCGAGCAGGUCUUCGAGCUGGGCAAGCAGGGCCGCAAGACGGGCGUGGUGCUCCCAGACAGCGGGGUUCGCGACGAGAAUGGCAUCAUGCCUCUGAAGGGCAUCUUCGACUCGCCCGGCAAGGACCGAGCUAGCGAUGACGAUGACGAAGAUGAGGACGAUGACGACGAAAACAGCGACGAGGCGGACAUGGACAUUGAGAACACACCUGGCCCGGACCCGCGCUCGCUGCUUAAGAAGCAGCAGAGCGCGCGCCGGCCGAUCCCCCGGGCUAAGUCCCCGGCUCUCACGAACCUGCAGUCCCCCCCGAUGCGCAUCGGCGAGUCUUCCCCGCUGCGCCGCCCCGCGCCCGCCGGCGCCGCCUCCCAGCUCAAGUCGGGAGCGACGCGCCGCCUCAACUUCGAUGCGACGGAGCACGGCCUUCCGAAGCCCGCCGGCGCCUCCCGGCUGCCCAACGGCGGCGCAGCCUCUGACGAUGACGACGACGAGGGUGAGACCAACCACGACGAUAUCGACGCCGUGGUGGAGGAGUCCUUGGCCAUCUUGGAUGUGGGAGACGACGACGACGACGACGACGACAUGCCCGAUCCGGUAGACGACGCCGAGACGGAGCCGGAACCGGAGCUAGAGCCAGAGCGUGUCGUGCCAAAAACAGCGGCGGGGAAAGCAAAGGCAGCGGCGGCUGCCAAAGCCGCCGCAGCACCAGCACCCGGUAAGCGUGGCAGGAAAAAGCGCUCCUCUCCCGAACCGCCCGCUGAGCCUGAGCCGGAAGAGGCCGAAGAGGAAGACGAGGAGGAAGAGGAAGAGGAGGAGGAGGAGGAGGAGGAGGAGCCAGUACCUGCUAAGCGCGGACGCCCCGCGGCCAAAGGCAAAGCGAAGGAGGUCGCGCCUCCAAAGCAGCAGCAGGCCGACUCAGGGAAGCGCAGGAGAGGGGCGCCAGGGCGUCACUCGGCAAACAGCGCCACGGCCGACGAACCGGAUCCCGAGCCAGAGCCAGAGCCCGAACCAGCUGCGAAACGCCAGCGCGUCGCACCCGCGGCCGCAGCGCCAGCUGCCAAGGGGCGCGGACGAAAGCCCGCGGCGGCCGCCAAGCCACCCGUCGCAGAGCCAGACGCGGAAGAGGGGGACGAGUCGUCGACAGCGGCGGCGCCCCAGCCGAAGCAAAGGGGGAGGAAACCAAAAAAGGCGGCGGCUGCGGCGGGCGGCGACGUGGGCGACACGUCGGUGGUGAUUGUGCCGCGUGCGCCGCUGCCCAAGCGGAGUGGGCUCGUCAUCAACCGGCGCGACGUCCCCGGCGAGUCGGACGCCAUCACGCGCACGCGCUCGGGCCGCAGCUCGUUCCGGCCGCUGUCGUGGUGGCGCAACGAGCACGUCGAGAUGGAGCAGGACGAGGUCGAGGACACGCUCCCCGGGCGCAAGGGCAGCCGCAUCGUGCUGCCCAGCGUCAAGGAGGUCGACCCGGACGAGGAGCCGUGGGAGGAGGAGGGCGGGCAGGUGGUGGGCAACGUGGUGGUGUGGGAGCCCGAGCACGAGUUCGACCCGCCCGGCGUCGACGACCAGGUGGCCGUCGAGGAGGACGUCAUGGCCUACUCGAACCGCGCGAUACAGACGCGCGAGAUCCUCGGCUCCACCUUCCGCUUCACAAAGACGCUCAGCCUGCCCUUCUUCGGCACCGGCGUCGUCGACCUCCCGCCCGGCUCGGAGAAGAAGGCCAAGAAUUCGCGUAAGAUGCACAUGACCUUCAUUGUCCACUCGGGCCGCGUCACCGUCAUGGUCAACGAGACCACCUUCUCGCUCGGCAAGGGGGGCAUGUGGUUUGUGCCACGAGGCAACUACUACAGCAUUGCAAACGAGGGCAACAAGCUUGCAAGGAUAUUCUUCGCCCAGGCGUGCGAAAUCACAAGGGAACCGCCACAAGAGGAGUCCGAGGCGGCAACCGGAGAAUGAGCCCACUUUAUACCCCCUGCCCACAUGGCUUCGUUACUGUAUUGAUUCCAUUUUUCUUUGCGGCUGUGGCUGCCGCCCACGUACAGCCCAGUUCGUUCACUUCUUGGUCUGGAGGUUGGGUCCCAGUUGUUUUUAUCACCAUGAGAGCAUGGCCUUAUUGCUUGGUACUGAGUGUUGUUGUUUUUCUUAUGGGAGGCUACGAUAUCACGUGUCGGAUUUACUGUCUUGCAAUGCCUUGUUUUUUAUUUUCCCUUGUAGUGUUAUUUGGGAUGGACUGCACAAGCUACCACCGCAAGUUUUGAUACCUAGGGAGUUGGUGGCAAAUCCCUGGGCACCUCGUACGCUAUGAUCUAUGGAGUCCUCGAGACUUCUCCCGUCACCGGCGGGCUGUUUGUCGGACAGUCUGAAGGUCCUAGUGGCGGCAUGACAGCCGCACGGACGCUACAGUAAAAAUGGCACAGGACGAGCUGCUCAAACAACCAAGCGUAAAGCGAAUUCGAUCCUUUUUUUGAUAACAAAA